AUGUCUUUGCCAGCUGCUGAAGUGGCGGCUGACUUCCGAGAUGCUCUACAAGAUCUGAGGAUGAACAGUAGGCCGGAAAUUAGCAAUCUAACCCUCAUCGCCAAAGAAAACACAGAGUAUGCGGAAGCUAUAUCCACCGAGCUGGAGAACCAUAUUCGGUCGACUCGACCCGAGUGGAAACUUCCUGCCCUCUAUGUACUUGACUCCAUCGUUAAAAAUGUUGGUACUCCAUACACCGUCUAUAUUGGACGCAACCUCUACCGCACCUUCAUGGAUGCCUACCUUGUCAUGGACCAAGGCACACGAAAAGCUAUGGAAGGUUUGUUGCGCACAUGGAAACAGCCCGUACCUGAAUCGAUGGACCCUCGCCCUGUAUUUCCCAUCGAUGUGACUCGAGACAUCGAGAACGCGUUGACCAAGAUUCGUGCUGCCGUGCAACAACAGGUUCAGCGACCGCAGCAUGCGCUUCCGCCGCGUCCACCAACAAAUGCAGCCUGGAGAGACACGGCAACCCCACCGCAGAAUGGGUCGCACUUCGCAGCUCCUAACGAUCCACGGGUUCGACCGGUAAAUAUGCAUUCUCGAAGUGGUCAGGUUCAGAAGCUAACCCCGCCUCCACAGUCGUACCCUCCUACAUCCCAGUAUGGACCUCAACACACAUCAACGCCACCAGUACCAUAUCAACAGCCACAGCAGCACGCGCAGCCAAUAUCUUCUGUAGAUCUAGCUGAAUUGAAGACUGAGAUUGCUCAGCUGAUCAACAACACCCAAACCGCGUUCGCGCAAAAUGCUACAGAUGUUGCCCUACGGACCAAGUUACAGGCACUCCUGUCGCUGAAGCAGAUCCUGGACACACAGACUCUACCUCCCCAGCAACUCGAGGCUGUACGCCAGCAAGUGCGAGCGUUAGCACCACCCCCAGCGCCGACACCAACAUUCCCGCCUGCAGCGCCUACAUAUUCAUCACAGCAUGCGAUGCCACCAAAUCUCUCCACUAACUUCUCUCCGGCAGGUGCCGCACCUAAUGGUCUUCCCCCGAAUGUUGCACAACUGCUCGCUGGCUUUAGAUCCCCAAUGCAACAACAGACGCCUCAACCGGCGCCGACACCUACUCCUCCGGUCCUAAACCUGGCAGACCUUUUGAAGCGCAUGUCAUCUCCCGCACAGCCCGCUUCAGUACCUGCACCUGCACCGUUCCAACUGCCACUCCAAGGAUUUCCACCACCCGUAUCCACACCCGUACCUGCCCCUCAACCGGCUCCUCCCGCACCAUCGGGAACGCCAACAGCCAACCUCGCAGCGCUUCUCGCGCAGUUCAAUAAACCUGCUGCAGCGCCACCAUUGCUACAGCCGACACCGGUGCAGAGUACAUUUGUGCCACAAUUCCAGCCACCUCCUGCCACUGCACCUCCAGCCUUAGGUAGUGCGGAUUGGCUCUUGAAAGCACUCAGUAGUGUACCUGGUGCCACUCCUACCAACACGACUCCCGUCACUGCCCAGCCGAUGGCACGCCAAACGUCAGGCCCUGCAGGCCUAAUGGAUCAUAUCGAGCUAACCACAGCCUCUAUGAAGAAGCCUCGCAUGCACCUAAUCUCGCGGCUCUAUGAAGCCAAGCCUAACAUGUGCGCCACUUGUGGUCGCCGCUUUGAGAACACCCCGGAUGGCAAAGAAAAGAAAGCACGACACAUGGACUGGCAUUUCAAAAUGAAAGAUCCUGAUGCCGCCAAGCGCGGGCUUCACCGACAAUGGUAUAUAUCUGAACGCGAAUGGAUCGAAUAUCGUGAAGUCGACGAGUCGUCACCCCCUAAUGCGAAUGACCCAUCCUCCACAUCCAGCGCCUCCAAAUUGAAGAAGCAACCGAAAGACCGCUAUGUGAGCGUACCUCAGGAUGUAGCGAUGCAGCAAUCUCCGUGCCCAAUUUGUCAGGAGAAAUUCGACACAGUGUGGAGUGUUGAGGCGAACGACUUUGUAUGGAUGGAUGCGCUAAGUGUGGGCGGGAAGGUGUACCAUGCUACAUGCUUUGAGGAGUACAGUAAAGGUCUCGGGAUCGAGAUGCCGGGCACGCCGGACUCAGUGCUCGGGAAAAGGAAGGCAGAUGGUAUAGGGAGCGGUGAAGGCAAGAAGGUUAGAGCAUAUUAA